UUUGAAAUCUAAUAUCCGUAUGGUAAAUGGCAAAGAACUAAAACAUGGGUCAUUUUGGUGGAUCUACUGGCUGGUUUCCUCCGUUAACUUUUUCACUUUUAUGGAAGUUGUUAUGUGAUAGAUAUUUUCCAUCAACGAUUAGGAUGGCAAUUAUCUAUAUUUUUCAUAUUCAUUUCAUUUUUUAUAUGAUUUAUCUUAUCUUUUAAUUGUAAUUUGGAUCCUAAAACAUAAUAAUAAGGCAUAAAUGAAAAUUCUAAUUAUUAUUCAGAUUUAAUAAAAAUUGUUUUGUUGAUUAAAAUAAAACAACAUUAUAAAAACAGCCACUUUGUCAGAAUCAGUAAACGUCUAGAAUUAGUAGAAAAUCCACUUUGGGCAAGUCAUUAGUGGGUUUCCAACGCCCCUUUCUUCCUCGCCACCCCUUUCAAUUGGUCUGUUAUAAUCAGUAAGGUCUUCUUCCAACUUCGUAUCUUCCUCGUUGAUUUCACACGCCCAUGGACGUCAUAGUUCAGUUGCAGAGACAGAUUGUUGAUUUCACAGCUUCCCUAUACCGAGAGGGAUAUGUGGACGAUCAGUUUACUCAGCUGCAGAAGCUGCAAGACGAGAGUAGUCCUGAUUUUGUGAUGGAGGUUGCUUCUCUCUUCUUUGUAGAUUGUGAAAAGCUUGUUAACAAUAUGGCCAGAGCUCUGGAACUGCAGGCUGUGGAUUUUAAGCAGGUGGAUUCUCAUGUUCACCAAUUGAAGGGUAGUAGUUCCAGCGUGGGUGCAGCAAGAAUUAAAAAUGCAUGCAUUGCCUUCAGAACUUAUUGCGAGUCCCAAGACCGUGAAGGGUGUUUGAGAUGCCUUCAGCUAGUGAAUCAUGAGUAUGCUCAAUUGAAGAUCAAACUUCAAACUUUAUUCAGACUGGAGCAACAGAUUGUCGCAGCUGGUGGAACAAUUCCUGUGCUUCAAUGAGUACGAUUGAUUUUAUCCCGUAUCAACAAAAGAUUGAAGGAUUAAUGUUAUAGAUACUCUUGUAGCAGCAGAAGGUUUGAGCUUGAGCUACUUUGACGUCCUGAAGCCUUGUAUGUUGGGGAGCCACAAUGUGAAUAAAAAUUUCUAUAACUGCUUCUUAAACAUAUAUAAUUUGGUUUGCCUUUUUGGUAGUCAAAAUUUGCAUGUACCUGAUUUUUUCUUAUUUUUUCCUCUAUUGUCUCUAGGGACAUCACCUUUUAAUACAAUCCAUAAUGUGGAACCCAGUAAAUGUGCAUGACAUAUGAAUUUUGUAUAGAGAUGAUAUUUUCCAUUGCA